AUGACGGUGAUAAACAGCAUCGUUCCUGCACGAUUCCUGACUCUUAUUGCACAUCUGGUGAUCGUCAUUACCAUAUUCUGGUCACGGAGCAACAAUGUCCAGGCUUGCCUUCCGCUGGAUUUCAGUGAAGAGGAGUACAAUACUGAGGACACACGGUUGGUUGUGGCACUCUCAGUGACUCUGGGUCUGUUUGGGGUCGAACUGGCUGGGUUUUUCUCUGGAGUAUCCAUGUUCAACCACAGCCAGAGCCUUCUGUCACUGGCGGCCCAUUGCAGUGCAUCCAUCUGUCUGUCCUUCUUUGUGUUCCAGAAGUGGGAGUGUUGGACAUACUGGUUUAUUUUUGCCUUUUGCAGUGUAAUUCCUGCAUUGUGUGAGCUCAUCCUCUUCAUUGCUGUGUUUGGACUGAAGAAAAAACCAUUUUGA